GACGUCACUCCGUCUGGCCAAUCGCAGCGAAGGCUUGCGUGAUGACAUCAUCCUCGGGGGGCCACUGGGUUCGUCGAUUAAUAAGAGCACGUCGCUUCAUUCUCGGCAGUGACUUCGCAAAAUUACGAACUGCAAAGUUAUCAUUCAAGAAAGAGAGAAAAGAGAGAAAACAGUUCAGUCGUGGUGUCUGGAGACUCUCCCACUGCGCUGGCGCUGUCUGGCCUCAGAAAUGUUGGAGGUGGAGCACGAAACUAAGAUGCAGAUGCUAGAAAAUAAAGAUAUUGUUGUACAGAAUGUGAACAUUCAAGGCUUAAGAAGAACUAAACAGGAUUACUUGGACAAUGAGAUCUCAAAUGUCUUUAAUGCCAAAAACAUCAUUGACGUGAUGAAGCAAUCGCCCAAAGCCAGGCAGAGGUUGCUCCGUCUGGGUAUAUUCAAAGAGGUGGAGGUACUAAUUGACAUCUCAGAAGGAAAGGAUGCACUACCUACUGGACUGGAUGUGACAUUUUAGGUGACGGAGGUGAACAGAGUGACUGGCAGUUAUAACACCAUGGUUGGUAACAAUGAGGGCAGCAUGGUGCUUGGCAUUAAGGUGCCCAACAUAUUUGGCCGUGGAGAGAGGCUCACCUUCCAGUUCUCACACAGAACUAAGGAGGCCUCUUAUGGCUUGUCUUUCUUUAAACCUCAGCCAGGAUGCUUUGAGCGCAAUCUCACAUUAAACCUUUUCAAAGGGACCAGGCAGUUUCUAUGGCGUUCAUUGAAGAAGACUGACAGGGGAGCUUCCACAGGGGUCAACUCCCCUGUCUGGAUGACGGACCACACUCUGAAGUGGGAGGCGGUGUAGCAACACCUGGGCUGCCUGGCACGUGUCGCCUUGUUCGCUGUCCGUGAAGAAAGUGGCCUCGCGCUCAAAAGUGCCCUUUCUCACACCAUGGUGCUAGACACCCGGAACUGUCGUCUGUUUCCAAGAAGAGGGGCCUUACUGCAGAUCAGCCGGGAGCUGGCGGGUUACACGGGCGGAGACGCUAGCCUUCUGAAGGAGGAUCUUGAGCUGCAGCUGAACAGUCCUUUCCUCUGGGACUUUGUGUUUUCUGCAUCUCUCAGGGGAGGAAUGAUAUUUCCCAUUGGUGAUCGACCAGUCUCCAUUGCUGAUAGUUUCUACCUGGGCGGUCCAACACUGAGAGGAUUUGGGUUGUACAAUAUUGGCCCUCAGAGUGAAGGUGACUACCUGGGUGGAGAUGCAUACUGGGCCGGUGGGCUUCACUUGUACACACCCCUUCCGAUCUCCUCCACCUGGGGAGGCCUCUUCAGAAUGCAUUUCUUCCUUAAUGCUGGGAACCUUUGCAACCUUAGCUAUGGGGAGGGUGCGCAUGCCAACUUGCAGAAGCUAGCGGAGUGUAUCCGCUGGUCUUACGGAACGGGCCUCACAUUUCGACUGGGAAAUAUUGCAAGGCUAGAACUCAAUUACUGCAUUCCCAUGGGUAUCCACCAUGGAGGCAGGUAACUGCAUAAACACACUGUGGCCAGCAGUACAGUUUUUGUUGUGUGGCAUGUUUGGACUGAAACAAGGAUGACAGCCCAUAUCUGGUACACCAGGAGGGAACUCCAGUCUUUUCAAUGUACACCAUUUAGAGGGACGAAAUAACAGGCUAUACACUUGCGUCUUAUUUUUACAAGCGCUAAGAGAACAUCUCAAGUUGAUUCUAAAUGUGCCAUUUGUAUCCAAAGUCUUGUCUCUCAACAUGAGGACCAAAGUAGUGUCAGUACCAUCAUAAGGCUGAAUAAGCAGCAUAGACUAAAGACACAGGUAAACAUUAGGUGUAUUGAAAUGAACUAUUUAGUAUAUUGUUAAGAGGCUAUAAUGCACUGUGAUGUAUUAUUGUGGAAACCAUGGUAUCAUUCCAUUCCCCCUUGGAAGGAUAUGCAGCGGUGUGCAGUUUGGUGCGGGGAUUUGUUUCUUGUGAUGUCCUCAGCUGCCGCACUGGAUCUGAAGCCAAAGUGGCAGAGGAAGCGUUGCUGUGUAUUGACAGAACACGAGACACCACAUCACCACAAACGCUGUUCUGGAGUUUGUCAUCACUGCUGUUUAAAGAUAAGGUAUUAUAACACUGAGGUAUUCAAACCACAGUUCUUAAGGUCUGAGAACUACAGAUAUUAUUCACUCUCUAUACCCUGGAGUCUGGUGUGACAAAAACAAAAAUUAACUGUUCGGUUAGCAAGUGAUUACAGAAUCCAGGACCUGAUUUCGAUUGGAGGUGAGAGCUGAAAGUCUCUUCACUAAGUGAAGGAUGAUCACUGAACUUCGUUUAAUUCUUGACAGUUCUUUUGUUUUUUCAGGUUUUGUUGCAUACUUCCCAACUUAUAAUGGAAUACUGUAUAUUUUAUGUAAAUAUAUUAAUGCACAACUGGCUCCACAUCCAGUCUGUUCAUUCUGCGAGGUGUUUGUGAAUGUUAGAUUUGCUUGCAUGUUUCCGUGAGGUGAAGCAGUGCUCUUCUUCCAAGAUCUCAGUUUAAUGACA